AUGACUAUAUUUAAGCAUUUUGCACCUAAGCUCGUGAAAAUUGUGGUUGUGCUCACAGUCAUCAGCCUCCUCUUAACUUCAGCAGUUGCUCCAGGUGGUGGAGGCGGUGGCAAGGAUAGUGGAGGUGGAGUCAAGCGUAAAUGCGGUGUUGGUGUCAACGGAGAUGGAGAUGACAUUGUGUGGCCACUACCCGUUGGUAGUCAUUAG